AUCGGGGACGCCACGCGACUGAUCGACGUCUUGAGGAGCGCCGGUGGAGCAAACCAGAUCACGGCCGGCUCGAAGGAGCUCUCGGUGAUGACACAGCAGCUCUGCCGAUUCCGGUACGCCGCUCUGGGUUCGACGUCUGAGCUGAGUGCCCGGAUAGCAUCCGAGCGGGGAGCAAGAACAGUGACCCUGCCGGGAGGUCAGUUCACCGGAUCCGAAAUUCCAGCACAGAGGCUGCUGAAAUUUAUCAAAUCGCAGCAGAAAAGCGCUUCGAGAGAGACGGAGAGGAUGAUCCAGGGCAUCCAGGGUCUGACCGACAGAAACACGGCCGGCCGCAACGCAGCCGUGGACGCCGUACUGAGCGGGUUCGGGGAGCAAGACGUCCAGCUGACCGCUACCGAUACCGAGGAGAGCAUGCUAGACAACGGCCCAACGGUUAGCGUCCGGUUCGGACCAUCGACAUCCUUCCUAGCGGCGGGGAGGCAGCUGGCGAAGCGCUUCACGCUCAACAGAAAGCAGUCGGUCGCCUUCUUACUCGUCUGCCGGCAGCUCGACCUCGUACACAGUGGCGAGAGUACGCACGGCCAACCUGCUCCCCAGCUGUGCCAGUUCAUCGACGGCGAAGGCGGGACAGGGAAGUCG